CCGGGUCUCCGCAGGCCGCCUGCCACCCGCUUCUUCAGCACGGUCUUCCCGCAGCCCAUCGUCCUGAGCCCCGGCAUGUCCCUGACUCUGCCCAUUGUCUUCCGCCCCCUGGAAAAGAGAGAGUACGAGGACUGCAUCUGCUUUGAGAAGCCAGAGGGCGAGUUCUCCGUUGCCCUGCGAGCCACGCUGCCCCGCCAUGCCCUCCUCUGCCCAGACACCCUCCAGCUGCCCACCUGUGCUGCCUACCACUUCUCCGAGGCCACCUUCCCGCUGCGCAACGUCGGCGAUCUAAUCACCAUCUUUAUCUGGGAGGUGCCCAGCCCCUUCCACCUGGUCCCCACCAGCGGCCUGCUGGAGCCGGGCGCCAUGUGCACGGUGAAGGUGCUCUUCCAGCCCCAGGUGGCCCUGGCCUAUGAUGUGAUGGCAACCUGCCGCUUUGGGGAUGACGAGGAGCAGAACAGGAUGAUCCAGUUGCGAGCUAGUGCCAAAUACCUGCACCUGGUGGUGAAGGUGCUGGGGGAGCCAUGUGAGGACGUGGGGCCUGGAGGCAUCGGAGAUGUGCUGUGCUUUGGCGCUGUGGCUGUCGGCACCACCGUCGAGGCGAAGGUGGAAAUCUGCAACCCAUCCACGGUGAGCGCCCCCUUCAGGAUAGAGCGUGCACGGGAGCCGCUGCCCCAGGACAACACCUUCACCUGCCCAAUCAGCAGGGCUGUGGUGCCUGCCAGUGGGAAGCUGCUCCUCCCCGUACGGUUCAGCCCACAGACUGUUGGGGUGCAGAGCGUGGACUACUUCAGUGUGGUACCUGCCGGGGGCCUCACACGUGCUGUGCUGAAGGUGAUGGGCUCCUGCAAAGGUCCACUGGUCUGCCUGUCCCAGUCUGCCCUGGGUUUCAACUGGCUCCUCCUCGGGGAACGCUCUGCACAGAGCCUGGAGAUCAGCAAUAUCUCGGAUGCCCCAGCCCACUACCAGUUUGACCUGGACAGCAGGGACAGCGUCUUCUCUGUAGACCACCCCUGUGGGGUCCUGGAGGGCCAGGCCAGCCUCAGCCUGACGGUGACCUUCCGGCCCAGCCAUCCCAUCAUUUACUACCGCCGAGUGGCCUGCCUCGUCCAUCACCAGGACCCACUGUUCCUUGAUCUGUUUGGAACCUGUCACUCGGACACGGCCAAGCCGCCCGUCCUGGGGCCACAGCACCUGGCGUGGUACAGGACCCACGUGGCCAGGGGCCUGACCUUCUACCCCCCUGACAUCUUGGGCACCAUGCUGCAAGAGGGCAAGCUGCAGGUGGACCACAGCAAGGCGCUCCGGCUUCCGCCCCAGGCCCCCGUGGACAGCCCCCUCGAGACCUACACACCUGUGGACUCCAUGACCGAAUACCUCCACGAUGGCGUGAGCAGCGACCUGGCCACGUUCCCUCCUCACGUCAGCAUCAGCGUCCAGGAGUUUGAUUUCGGGUGCUGCCUGCCGCCCCGUGGCGCCCAGCCCCUCCCGCUCUGCAUCACCAACCACACCAAGGGCACAGUCACAGUGGCCUGGACACAGCGCCCCGAGCGGCCCUUCCAGGUGGCCCCAACCACAUGCGACAUCCCGCCCCUCAAGUCUACUGCCUUCCGUGUCACCUUCCAGCCUCCGCAGCCCAACGCCCUGUACGCCGCCGAGCUGGAGGGCUUUGCCUACUACAAGGUGCUGAGACACUACAGCAACGUGGAGGAGGACGUUACCCUCUGCCCAUCCUGGUGCUUGACGCUCAGGCUACAGGCCCACACCUUCGAGCCGGGGCAGCAGCACUUCAUCCCUGCAUACAUCCUGGAUGCCCCCCAGACCUUCCCCGUGGUGGAUGUGGGCACUAGCACCUACCGCAGCGUGCUGCUCCAGAACACCGGACCCUCACCUAUCACCUUCACCAUGGACUCAGACUCCUGCCCCUCUGUCACAGUCAAGCCCCGCUCAGGAUACAUAGUCCCUGGAGCCCACCAGAUCUUCCUCUUCUCCACGCAGCCCAUGGAUGCCACCCCCCAGCAGCACAAGCUGGCCUUGCAGCUGAAUGCCUGCCCCCAGUACACCCAGGAGAUCUCCCUAGAGAGUAGCGCGGAUCCCCCACGUCUGCUGCUGGAGGGUGAUGGGAGGCUGUACUUCAAGCCCACCUGCGUGGGCGCCUCCUCCACACGCCUCUUCACCAUCAAGAACUGCUCUCGGCUGCCCCUUUACUUUGGGUGGAGGAUCCAGCCAGCUGAUGGCAAGGUCCUGGCAGUCAAGCCCAGCACUGGUUUCCUCCAGCCCAACGAAGCACUGGCUCAGACGUGGACCUUUACCCCUAGGGAGGAGACCAGGUACCUCCUGCACACCUGGGUGUCGGUGUGGAGAGAGAACGCUGCCUCCACGUCCCCCAAGAGCCCUCGCUACCUCCUGCGGGUCAUCGGCGAGGGUGCCCUGGGUGCCAUCAGGGCUCAGGAGGAGCAGCUGGACCUGGGCAACAUCCUUGUUGGCAGCCUGCAGCGCUGUGACCUGGUGCUGCUGAACGAUGGGAUCUGCUCCCUGAACUACGUGCUCAGCGUGGAGCAGACAAUCACAGGCCCCUGUGACCCCGAGGAGGUCCUGGAUGACCCACUUGCAUUAGAGCUGGGACACUACGAAAGCAGGAUACCUGCCAGGUCCAAGGCCAUCGUCCAGGUGACAGCCAGCCCAACCCGCCAGCUGCACUACACUUGGGCCAUCAGCUAUGCCAUUGCCACCCCCCAAGGUGAGAGCGCCACCAGGACCGUCCAGGCACAGCAGCCACUGUGCCACGUUGGAGCCACGGGCGUCUACCCCACCAUUUCCAUCACGGAUGUGUGCGCAGCUGGGAGCGCCAGCGGCAUCAGCAAGCUGCAUCUCUGGAGGCUCUUCUGCCUGGACACACUGAACCAGUACCUGGCCCGUGAGCCUACCCCUGUGGAGCUCACCUACAGUGUGCCCACGAGGCACAGCGCACACCCCGUGCCCACUGUGCACACCCCCAUCCUACUGGACUUUGACUUCGGGGCAGCUCCACUGAACUCGGCGCCUUCCACGGUCAUCCUGAUGCUGGAGAACCAGGGCACGGUGCCUGCUGACUGGGCCUUCCUGUUCCCCGCGGACCAGAAGAUCGACAUGGAGCACUGGGCAGAAGAUGUGGAGUUGGGCCCCUGCGAGCUGCACCACAUGAGGGUGCAGGACAACCAGCUCUUUGACGUGUCCCCGCGGGCAGGUCAUCUCCUUCCCGGGCAGGAGAAGCCCGUGCAGCUCACGCACAGGCAUGACUUCCUCGGCACUGAUUGCCUCCCGGUCCUGGGGCGUGAGGUUCUGCUGAACUUCGUUGGCAUGACGGUGCAGUGUGGGCAGCCCUAUCUCCACAUCACCACCACCAGGCAUGUCUUCACCCCCGUCGCCAUUGGCAGCCCCAGCCCCCCCAAGCAGGUUUAUGAGCUCUACAACGGGGGCUCCAUGCCCGUGUGCUACGAGAUCCCACCUGAGCCUAUGCAAAGGAUCUGCGAGGAGAACUUCCAGCAUCCCGUGUUCAUCUGCCUGAAUCCCAAGGGGCAGAUCGGCCCCGGCACGAUGGGGCACAUUGAGUGGGUCUUCUCCCCGCUGGAGGCCAGAACGUACUCGGUCGAUGUCUCCAUCCACGUGGCCGGUGGGGAGUCAGCACUGGUCACCUUCCAGGGCAUCGGCUACGACCCGCAUAUCAUGGGUGACACUGCCCGGUUCGACACCGUGUCGUCUCCCUCGGUGACCCCAGGCUUCUCCAAGCUCACCCUGCCUGGGCAGGCAGCCUUCUUGUCCCAGUCCAGGAUUUGCCUCGGGAACAUCCCGGUCUACAGCAAGACCAGCCGGCUCUUCUUCCUCAACAACCCGACCGAGGACCAGCCCCUCAGCUUCACCUGGCACGUCGGCACAGGUCACGACAGUGCGCUGCUGAAGAUCUCACCAGAGAGAGGGAGUGUGCUGCCCGGGGACAGCGUCCCCUGCAUCCUCACACUGCAGGCGUUGGGCACCGCCGCUUUCUAUACCGUGGACCUGGUGUGCGAGGUUUUCUCGCAGCAGGCACUGGCCACCUACGAGGCAGCGUUGCAGGCAUGGGAAGCGGAGAGAGCACGGCAGGCCACGGAGUUCACCAUCACCGAGAGGGACCUGGAAGCCCAGGGUGGGCCAGAGCCACCGGCACCAAAGUCAGCGAGCUCCUCUGGGCUGGGAAGGCCCCACGAGCCUCCAGCUGUGAGCUACAAGUUCAAGACUCUGCCUCCCAUCGAGACCCUCCGUGCGCCCCACCCACCGGCCAGCCGCAGCCAGCGUGGGCACCCGAGGAGCCAGGGAGCUGAUGUGUGGUGGGCCAGGCCAGAGCCCCCCCAGCCUUUGUUGCUGCACCUGGGCAUGACGGCCCGCUUCCACGCCAUCGAUGACUUCCUUGCCAGCUUCAGCGACGACUUCCCCAAGCACUUCCUCUGCCGGCCACUCAAGGAGCCGGCGGAGGGGGCUGAGCCCACAGCCGGGAGAAGGGGUCAAGGAGCCACCGGGACGGAGUGUGUCCUGCUGGCCUUGGCCGGCUCCUCGGAGCAGGAGCGGCAGGUGGUGAUGGACCUGCUGGCCAUGGUGAUCAGGGGCCUGUUGGAGGACACCCGGUUUCACGAGGCCGUGAGCCAGGGUCUGGCCGAGCCCACGCCCUACUUCUGCCAGCUCCGGAGCGAGGAGUCAGCCCCGUGGGCUGCCGGGCCCCCAAUCCUGGGCAGUGCCUCCGCCGCACCUCCGUCUCCAGGGUCGGGCACCACAGUAGAGCCAGGAGCAGGUGAAGAAGAGGAGCAGGGAGGCCCUGAGGUGCCCCAGGACCUGCAGGAGAGCCUGGGCGAGAUCCUGCACAGGGAGCAGGUCCAGGAGCAGAAGGAGGCGAUUGCCAGGCUGCCGGCCUUCAGGACCCUGGCGGAGCUGGUGCUGGAGAACACGCUGCAGAACAUCCUGCACGAGGCCAGCCGCGGCGAGGUGGUGCUGACGGCCCGGCCCCGCGUCAUCGCCCUGCCACCCACCACCCCCCGCAGGGGCACCAGCCCCUCCACCCCGUCCCAGAAGUCGACGACCAUGGGGGCAGCCCCCGAAGACCCCAGCCAGAGCAAGGACCCCGAGGACCAGCCGCUCAUCACCUUGACCUUCUAGACAGCUCCGGCAGCCGCCGCGUGGAUCUCAGCAGCCGCCCACGCCUCGGGCAUCCGGCACUCUCCCUCCAGGGAUUUGGCCAUGGCCUGCCCACGUCCACCGGGACCCGGAGGCUGCUGGGCCGCUGGGCUUCAGGAAGGGGGGGCAGUCCGGUCUCGCCCGCGUUUGUACCUGGGGGAUGUGGU